AUGCCAUAUCCGUAUAUCCUGCAGUGCCGAGAAAGUUCACCAGAGGACGUCAUUGUCAAGUACGAUGUAGCAGCUACAACCGGAGGAGAUCUUACGAGCGUAUUCUCUUUGACCUCAAAGCCUGGGAAUCACAACAUCUUUGUAGCGGCAUGUGACGGGGAUGUCCCGGCGCUGCGAAUGUUUCUUGGAUUAGGUGUGGAUAUUAACGAAAUGGGACAACCCAACCCGCAGUACGGCCCUCAGUUUGACCGACGUACGCUCUUUCGUGCCCCGCCGCUCUGUUAUGCGGCGGGAUAUGGACGAGAAAAAGCUGUCGCAGCGCUGUUAGAGGACGGAGCGGACGCUCUGAAGACAUCAUCGACGGGAUUUAAGGCAGUCGAUUACGCCAGGCAUCGUGGAUACACGGCCAUUGUGCAAAUGCUGGAAUCUGCAGAGGAGCGGAAGCGCUCUGACCAGCAGGAGGGCAAGGAAUGA